AGAUUAAACAGUGUAAAAACGAAGUCUAAAGUUAAAAUAAGUAAUAAAAAUAAUAGAAAGCGUAUUAAAGCAGACGUGCGAGUGGAAAAGUAUUGUAAAAUCUAAGUAGUGAAAGAUAUUGAAACAGCCUCGUGGCAGGGGUGCUGCCGCAAGCGCUGGUCCGCUUUUCACCAAUCUCUUGGUGCAUAUAUAUUGGCUCGGAGACAAGGGUAGUAAAUCUACUCCAAGGAGAUUUCGGAACCGUGCUCCAGUGCCACAUUCGAGACUGCUCGUUGAUGAUCAUCAAAUGUGUCUGGCGUUAAGUGACUUAUAUAAAUGGAUACCAAAGUCACAAGUUUAUUCAGAUCCACAAGAAAUUAUGACUUAAAAUCUGUGUUGCGUAGUGUAAUUGAUUAUUUAUUCUCCUUUGUGCUACCUUCGUCGCUCUUAUUGAGAGAAUGAGAAUUAGAAUUGACAAAGAGUAAAGCGCACGAACAAGCUAAAAGAUAAAAGCAACUACAAUUAGUAAAACAGAAGCCAUCUGAACGAAAUUCGAAGCACGCAUCCAUACAUACAUCACAUUAAACUUAAAUUUUUGACAUUGCGAUCAGCGGAUGUCUACCUAAUCUAUUCCCAUUGAUCGAAGCUAAAGUAAAUUUAAGCAACUAAACAAACAUGGAACAAAAUGUAUUAUAUUGAAUUAAAAAUUAGUCGAUAGAUAUUAGAGUUAAGCAGCAGUAGUAAUAUUCCUUUUGACCUAUGAAUAUAUUUGGCAAGGGCAACAAUGAUACCCAUACAAUAAUACACCUACACACACCCACCAACAUCGACGUCAUAUUGGGCCCAAGUGCACGCAACGAUGGAAGUAUGAGCAGAUUGGGCGAGGAAGAACCCCGACCACGACGAGCUAAAUUGAGCAAAAGCAAGAAGUACGCGCCCCCGAACCCAACGCCCCGCGACCAACGUAAGCCACUAAGGGCGAAAACGCCAUAGAGGGUUACAAAUGGACGUGGACACUCCAUGUAGAAGGCAGCAUCGACUGCCCCCCGUAUACACGUGGACACUACAUAAGAAAUGGCGCCCAACUAAGGGGCAGAGUAUGAUUUGCAACUAUCCUAGAUAAUUUUUGGAUUUCGCGGCUAUAUCUCCGAUUACAGCUAGUUUUCAAAGUAUUGGGAGUUACACUGCACAAAAAAAAAAUGCCCAAGAUCGUUUAGUUUAGUUGAGAUUAUAUUUCCCCGGAAUGCUCUGGUUAUCCAAACUAAAUUACAUAUGAUUUGUUUUCAAGUUAUUAAAAGGGUUUUAGAUAAGCGUAGUUGGAAAUUAUAAGAACUAUUUUCGGAAUUAGCGACUACAAUUCAUGAAUUGGAUUGGUCGACCAAAAUAGACUCGUAAAAGUCCAACAACGUUAAAUAUAUUUAGUACUCCUUGUGAUAGUAUAAAUUUGGUUUAAGCGCUCUUGAAGGUAUGGAACUGCAAUUAUCUGGAACUAUUCGGAAAUUGACCUAUUUAUCAUGAGAAGCUUGAUUCCAAAUCAGCAAUAGAAAUCAUUACAUAUAAUAGACGACAACAAAGGAAACCCAAUUUCGCCUAAUUAUUUCAACAGUAUUUAGCAUUAGGGAAAAGGACAGACAGCUUUAGAUAUAUGAAAAAAAAAAAUAGAAAAGAAUUAAUUUGUUCCUGAUUUUGAAUAGCGUUCAGCGCAUGUAACAUUUUUAAUGGCAGUACAAAGAAGUACAGAAAAUAUUGCAGCUGCCAUAGAGCAGAUAGAUCCCUUUUGUGGAAUCUGCAACGAGGUGAUGACUUCGUCACAAUUGUUUGCUAAUACUCCAUGUAAGCACCGAUUCCACAAAACAUGUUUGAUAGAGUUCUUACAAAACACUUCAGCAUGCCCUACAUGUGCAGCCGAUUGUACAACUCUUGCGUUAAGCUUUUCUAACAACACUUUGGCAGCAGAGUUGAACCUAACUGAUUCAAUGCCUGGCAUUACAGAACAAGAAGCAAAUAAGCGAAAUUCAUUAAAUAGGAGAGGCAUGGGGAAUAGACAAAGAGGAGCUACUCCUAAGAGAGGGAUGACGACUAGAUCCACAAAUAGAGCACCGACCCUUGAUCAGACACAAAGCAACAUGUCUCUUGGCUCUCAAGUCGACAUGGCUAAUUAUAUUCAGAAUAUGAUGAACGUUCAGCAAACUCAGUUGAUGGACCAUAUUACGUCAUAUUUAUCUAAAACUAUUGAGACCUCUAUUCGAAAUCAACUCGCAAAUUUGCAGAUUUCAAAUAGUGAUCCACCAUCUUCUAAUGGGAUAGAUACUAAUCCAACCCCACCAAUACCUAGAGAACAUGGACCAGAAACAUUGAUUCAUAGAUUGAGUGAAGCGGAUGCUAGAAUUAACAGAGAGAGAAGCAGCCAAAGCUUUAGUGUGAAUCCGGAAAAAGUAUCAGGAAUCAUUCAGAACUGGCGAAUUAAAUUCGAUGGCACUAAGCAAGGCAUGCGUAUGGAUGAAUUUCUUUACCGAGUGCGAUCCUUAACCAAACAAAAUUUGGGUAACGACUACCAUCUUCUUAAUGACCAUUUAUACUUACUUUUUAAUGGUAAGGCCAGCGAUUGGUUUUGGAAGUUCCAUCGCGCAAAUACAAACUUUAAUUGGGAAACAUUUUGUCAAGAGUUCCGUAGAAGAUUUGGAGACUCUGACACCGAUUUAGAAAUUUGGGAAAUGAUUGGGAAAAGACGACAGGGUGAGAGUGAGUCUUUUGAUGCCACUAUCAGUUUGCAAUAGAAGACCUAGUUGACAGAUUGCAACAAGGAAUCUUAGAAAAGCAGAUAGUAGACCUUCUGAUUCGCAAUUCCAAGCCCAGUCUGCACCAUGAACUUCUCCACGUUAGCAUUCAGAAUAGAUCGCAACUUAGAGUUGAAGUGAGAAAACACGAGCAAUUUUAUGGUGACAUAAAAUCUUUUAAAGGAAGAACAUUAAGGUCAUAUGUUUCGGAAGUAUCAGGCGAAGCCAAUGGUAAUUUGCCGCUUGUUCCAUCGGAAGCGGAAAUUCAAGAAAUAAAACGUAUUAAGACAGAUCCAGUCUGCUGGAACUGCGAUAAAAUCGGACAUAAAUUUGACCAUUGCCUGGAGAUUCGUCGUAUUUUUUGUUAUGGCUGCGGAGCCAAAGAAGUUUUCAAACCAUGCUGUUCAAAAUGCAACCCCUCGGGAAACUGGCAGCGGGAUGUACAACACAACACCAAAUAGAUACAUCCCCAGCAAAUACUCAGGCCUUGUCGGAAAAAUCGACCCAAGUUACAAAUAAAGAUAAGGACAAAACCGAUAGUAAAACGAUAGCAGAGCGAGAAAAGCAUUCGAUUAGUUAUUCUAAACAUUUUUCAGAUUUACCUUUUCAUAUCAGACUACAGAAUUAUAGUUCGGCACGUAAGCGAAUUUUUGCUGAUUUAGAUUCUUUAGAUUUAUAACUAAGCCCAAGCGUUCUACAAAACGAUUACGUACGUUUUGGAAAUUAGUACGUAAAAAUCGUAGGAAUAUAAUAGCAUCUAUUUUUCUAAGUUCGGAUGAACGACUAUACACUUCUGUUCAAAUCGAAGGGAAUGAGUAUAUAGGACUUUUGGAUUCAGGAGCUACUAUUAGUUGCGCAGGUGGAUCAGCAGCUCAACAAUUACUUAAAAAUAGUAAGACUAAGAGAUGCACCGGAUCUAUUCGCACAGCAAAUGGCACCGCUAGCAGAAUUGUUGCUAAAUUACAGACGCAGAUCACUUAUCGACAGUUAACUAGAAGUAUCGAGUUAUUUAUUAUCCCAGAACUUAAACAGGAUAUAUAUUUAGGUAUUAAUUUUUGGCGGGAAUUUGGCUUGUUAGGGACAAUUACUAGGCAAGCAGAGAUAUCAGAAUUAGAUGUUGGAGCACCAGCAGAACAAAGGGAGCUUCCCAAAUUUCAUCUUCUAACUAAAGAGGAACAGGGCCGUCUCGAUGUCAUUAUAGGAGGAUUUCCCUCGUAUGCUAAAGAAGGCUUAGGCAGAACUAAUUUGAUUAGUCACUCCAUUAAUAUAGGCUCGGCAACACCAGUUAAGCAACGCCACUGGCCAGUCUCUCCGGCCAUUGAAAAACUAAUGUUUGCAGAAAUUGACCAAAUGCUAGCUCUAGAUGUAAUAGAACCUUCUACCAGCCCCUGGAGUAGCAAUUGCGUUCUGGUUAAACGCGGAGAUAAGUGUCGCUUAUGUUUAGACUCAAGACAGGUUAACAAAGUGACGGAAAAGGAUGCCUAUCCUUUGCCCCACAUAGAUGGUAUUUUGAGUAGGUUACCUCCAGCUAAAUUCAUUACCGGAUUAGACAUGAAACAUGCCUUCUGGCAAAUACCGUUGGAGGAGAAAUCACGGCAAUAUACUGCCUUUACAAUACCCAAUCGACCAUUGUACCAGUACAAGGUGAUGCCAUUUGGUCUUUGCAACGCGCCGCAAACACUUUGUCGCCUUAUGUAUGAAGUUAUUCCUGCCCAUUUGCGUACACAAGUCUUUGUUUAUUUAGACGACUUAUUAGUGUUAUCAGAUAAUUUCGACUCCCACCUAAUUUUGCUACAGGAGAUUGCGUUAUGUUUGAGGAAAGCAAAUCUAACUAUAAAUAUUAGCAAAUCCAAGUUCUGCAUGACAGAGAUAAGAUACCUCGGGUUUAUCAUCGGAAACGGGCAACUCAAAACGGAUCCUGAGAAAAUACAGGCAAUCAGUGAGUUCCCUGUGCCGAAAACGGUCAAGCAGUUACGUCGCU